CACACACACACACACGCAGACCUGACCUUCAGCAGGAUGGAGACCUACCUCCGAUCCAAGCAGCUGUGUGACGUCACUCUGGUGGCAGGGGACAGGAGGAUACCUGCUCACAGGUAACACACACACACACACGCACACGCACACGCGCAGACCUGACCUUCAGCAGGAUGGAGACCUACCUCCGAACCAAGCAGCUGUGUGACGUCACUCUGGUGGCAGGGGACAGGAGGAUACCUGCUCACAGGUAACACACACACAAACACACACACAGACACACACGCGCAGACCUGACCUUCAGCAGGAUGGAGACCUACCUCCGAACCAAGCAGCUGUGUGACGUCACCCUGGUGGCAGGGGACAGGAGGAUACCUGCUCACAGGUAACAAACACACACACACACGCGCGCAGACCUGACCUUCAGCAGGAUGGAGACCUACCUCCGAUCCAAGCAGCUGUGUGAUGUCACUCUGGUGGCAGGGGACAGGAGGAUACCUGCUCACAGGUAACACACACACACACACACACACACGCGCGCGCAGACCUGACCUCCAGCAGGAUGGAGACCUACCUCCGAUCCAAGCAGCUGUGUGAUGUCACUCUGGUGGCAGGGGACAGGAGGAUACCUGCUCACAGGUAACACACACACACACACGCGCGCAGACCUGACCUUCAGCAGGAUGGAGACCUACCUCCGAUCCAAGCAGCUGUGUGAUGUCACUCUGGUGGCAGGGGACAGGAGGAUACCUGCUCACAGGUAACACACACACACACACAAACACACACACACACACACACACGCAGACCUGACCUCCAGCAGGAUGGAGACCUACCUCCGAACCAAGCAGCUGUGUGACGUCACUCUGGUGGCAGGGGACAGGAGGAUACCUGCUCACAGGUAACACACACACACACACACACAAACACACACACAUGCACACGCACACGCGCAGACCUGACCUUCAGCAGGAUGGAGACCUACCUCCGAACCAAGCAGCUGUGUGACGUCACUCUGGUGGCAGGGGACAGGAGGAUACCUGCUCACAGGUAACACACACACACACACACACACACACACGCGCGCGCAGACCUGACCUUCAGCAGGAUGGAGACCUACCUCCGAACCAAGCAGCUGUGUGACGUCACUCUGGUGGCAGGGGACAGGAGGAUACCUGCUCACAGGUAACACACACACACACACACACACACACACACACACACACACACACACACACACACAGACCUGACCUUCAGCAGGAUGGAGACCUACCUCCGAUCCAAGCAGCUGUGUGACGUCACUCUGGUGGCAGGGGACAGGAGGAUACCUGCUCACAGGUAACACACACACACACACAAACACACACACACACGCAGACCUGACCUCCAGCAGGAUGGAGACCUACCUCCGAUCCAAGCAGCUGUGUGACGUCACUCUGGUGGCAGGGGACAGGAGGAUACCUGCUCACAGGUAACACACACACACACACACACACGCGCAGACCUGACCUUCAGCAGGAUGGAGACCUACCUCCGAACCAAGCAGCUGUGUGACGUCACUCUGGUGGCAGGGGACAGGAGGAUACCUGCUCACAGACUGGUCCUGUCGUCGGUGUCUGACUACUUUGCGGCCAUGUUCACCAGUGAUGUCCGAGAGGCCAAACAGGAAGAGGUUAAGAUGGAGGGGGUGGACCCUGAUGCAUUGUGGGUGCUGGUACAAUACGCUUACACAGGUCGUGUGGAGUUGAGAGAGGACACUAUAGAGUGUAUAUUGUCAGUAGCAUGUCUCCUCCAGCUCCAGUCAGUGGUCCAGGCCUGCUGUAACUUCCUCAUCAAACAGCUCCACCCGUCUAACUGUCUGGGGAUACGCAGCUACGCAGACGCACAGAGCUGCCCACACCUCCACCACACUGCCCACAGCUACACCAUGGAGAAGUUUGUGGAGGUGGUUAAAGGUCAGGAGUUUCUCCUCCUCCCGCUAGAAGAGAUGGACAGAUUGUUGUCCUCCGACGAUAUGAAUGUUCCAGACGAGGAAACCGUGGUUACAGCAUUGCUAAGCUGGGUCCGCCAUGACGUUUCCACCCGGCAACCACACCUGCCCUCGCUCCUCGCUCACAUACGACUGCCUUUACUGCAAGCACAGUUUCUAGCAGACCUGGAGUGUGGACCUCUGCUCCGAGACAGUGUGGAGAGUCAGAGGCUUUUAAUGGAAGGUAUGAAGUACCAUCUCCUGCCUCAUCGGCGCCCCCUGCUGCAGAGCCCAAGAACCAGACCUCGUAAAUCUACUGUAGGAGCCAUGUUCGCUGUUGGGGGUAUGGACGCUACCAAAGGAGCCACCAGUAUAGAGCAGUACUGCCUGCGUCGGGAUGCGUGGAACCAGGUGGCGGUGUUGAGCGGGCGCAGACUCCAGUUCGGGGUGUGUGUGUUGGAUCGACGUGUCUACGUGGUCGGGGGUCGGGACGGACUGAAGACCCUCAACACCGUGGAGUGUUACGACCCGGACGGUGGCAGCUGGAGCGUCAUGACGCCCAUGUCCACACACAGACACGGGCUGGGUGAGAACAGACGAUACGGGUUGUCUGGUGUAACAGUACUUGAGGGUCCAAUGUAUGCAGUAGGAGGGCAUGAUGGGUGGAGCUACCUCAGCACUGUAGAGAGGUGGGAUCCUCAGGCUCGUCAGUGGAGCUUCAUCGCCAGCAUGGCAACACCUCGAUCUACUGUAGGAGUAGCUGUACUCAGCGGAAAGUUGUAUGCAGUAGGGGGUCGUGAUGGAAGCUCCUGUCUACGCUCCGUUGAGUGUUUUGAUCCCCACACCAACAGGUGGAGCUGCUGCGCUCCGAUGGCGAAGCGUCGCGGCGGGGUGGGCGUGGCUACCUGGAACGGUUUCCUGUACGCUAUUGGAGGACAUGACGCUCCCGCCUCCAGCCUGGCAUCACGACUCAGCGACUGUGUGGAGAGGUACGACCCCCAGACGGAUGCGUGGACGGCGGUAGCCCCCAUGAGCGUCAGUCGUGACGCUGUCGGUGUGUGUCUCCUUGGAGACCGUCUCUAUGCGGUCGGUGGUUACGAUGGAACGGUGUACCUGGACACUGUCGAGGCCUACGAUCCCCAGACCAACGAGUGGACACAGGUGGCUCCACUGUGUCUGGGCCGGGCUGGGGCCUGUGUGGUGGCUGUCAAACUGUGAACACACACACACACCUGAACACACACACACCUGAACACACCUGAACACUCACACACCUGAACACUCACACACCUGAACACACCUGAACACUCACACACCUGAACACACCUGAACACUCACACACCUGAACACACCUGAACACUCACACACUGAACACUCACACACCUGAACACUCUUUGGACCCUCCCCAUUCCUCCUUGUCUCCAGGGUUACCUCCAAUGGGAUGAAGUUUAACUGUAACAUUCCACUAAAACCAGGAGGACAUUAUAGACAUUGAGUUGGAGAGGAGAUUACUGACUACAGAUUGAAGAGCUCUCUCUGUCUCUCUCCCUGUCUCUCUCCUCCCCUCUGUCUCUCUCUCCUCCCCUCUCUCUGUCUCUCUCUGUCUCCCUCUGUCUCUCUCUCUCUCUGUCUCUCUCUCCUCCCCUCUCUGUCUCUCUCCUCCCCUCUGUCUCUCUCUCCUCCCCUCUCUGUCUCUCUCCUCCCCUCUGUCUCUCUCUCCUCCCCUCUUUGUCUCUCUCUCUCCCCCUCUCUCUCUCUCUC